UUUGUGUUUUUUGCAUUUUAAAUUACACACUUGAACUCUGUACUCUAUUACCCUAUGGUUUAUAAUUUUAAUUUACUUUGCAAAAUUCGUUAAAAUAUGGUACUAAAAUAUUACUUCGAUUUGUUGUCUCAACCGUCGAGAUCAAUAUACAUUUUGUUAAAGUUAAACGACAUUCCUUUUGAAGCCCAUCCUGUAGCGUUGAGAGAAGGGGAACAUCUCACUGAGGAAUUCAAAGAAAAGCUUAGUAAAUUCCAAAAAGUACCUUUUAUCCAUGAUGGUGAUUUUAAAUUAACUGAAUCUGUGGGUAUUGCUCGUUACUUAUCUCGAGAAUAUCCAAUAAAGGACCACUGGUAUCCAAAAAAUAGUAAGAGGCAAGCUAAAAUUGAUGAAUAUUUGGAAUGGCAUCACUUAGGUAUCAGAUUUCACUGUUCAUCAUAUUUCAUAGCAAAAUGGGUAAAUCCAAUGUUAACUGGAAGACAACCAAAAACUGCAAAAUUAGAACUCUUAAAAAAUAAUAUGAACGAUUCUUUGGACAAGUUUGAGGAACUGUUUCUGUCGGACGGACCAUUUAUUAGUGGAAAUGAAAUUUCCUUCGGCGACGUUCAAGCAGCUUGCGAAAUAGAACAACCAAGGAUGGCAGGAUUUGACCCAACAGAGAAUCGUCCAAAAUUGAAAACGUGGUUAGAAAGAGUGAGGAAGGAGUGUAAUCCUUAUUAUAACGAGGCUCAUGCUAUUGUCAAUAAGAUAGCUGAUAAAAACAAGCAGAAAAUUCAAGCGAAACUGUAAAAUUAAAAAAAAGUGCAAAGAGAAAUAUUUGUGGUGGUGUAUUUUAAUCUUUAUUCCUAUCCUUAUGUAAUGUUUUAUAUUAAACAGUAAUUUGUGUAUUCA